UUAUUAAUGCCACAGUAAACUAUUCAGUUCUCAGUUAAUUCUAGAUUUUGGUAAAAAAUAAAAAACAGCUUAGUUCUAUAUAAUAUCAAACAGUUAGAGUAGUAAAAAAUUUGGUGGACAUUUGAGCUGCUAUUAAAUUCCAAGAGACAAUAGAAAUCACAUAACUACAUUGAGGACAACAAUGAUGAGCUUCACAUACAAGGAUCUCAUAGACGUGGCUAUCGGCUCACCGGAGUCGGGCCACGUCAAUUUCUAUGCAUUGCACGUGCUGCUCUCGAACUUUGCCCACAAACUGGAAUGCCUCGACGAGGCGGUGGAGCAGGAUGACUAUCUGCUGGCCAACAUGCGACUCCAGAGCAGUCUGAUUGGCAAGUCCUCCAGGUAUCGACUGCACGCCGGCGCCGACGACGAUGAAGCACCCACCGAGGUGGCCGCCGAACCAGCUGCCGCAGAACCAGCUGCCGCAGAGCCAGCCGCCGCAGAGCCAGCCGCAGCUACCGCAGAGGCAGCACCAGCAGAGGACGCGCCAGCUGAGGCGGAAGCACCAGCUGAAACGGCUGCUGUGACGGAAGCAACCACUCCGGCUCCGGAGCCUUCGGGAGCACCGACACCAGCUCCUGAGGAGGCGGAGCCACAGCCAGAUUUGGAGCUAGCCCCGGAGCCGGAGCAGCAUACGGAUCUGGGCGCCGCUUCAUCGCCUGCCAUGGCCUCACGCGCCUCCUCACGCACCUCCAAGUUGGACAGAACCCAACCGCGUGCCGAGGGCUCUGUGAUUGGUUCCUUGGCCAAGCUGGAGCGACGCCUCUCGAAGGUUGAGCUAAUGAAGGAGCAGAAGGAGCUUGAGUUUCAGAACUUCGUUAGCUUGCUGACGGGCCAAUUGAAGCUAACCAUGGAGCAGCUCAACAAUGUCACCCAUUUGAUGCUCGAUCGCAAGCCCAGCCCGGAACGUAUGAAGCUGCUGCGGAACAUUGCACGUCAGCUCCGUAUGCUGAUGCGGGUCGAGGAUGAUGAGGUGUCCAUCAGUUGGAGCAGCGCUGAGGCUGCCAUUGAGAUGGACAUGGAGGAGGGUGAGGAGGAGGAGGAAGAAAUGGCAGUGGAGGAGUCCAGCGCGCCCACCGAAUUGGCCAAGCCCGAGGAGGAACUGGAACUUGACCAGCAUCUCUGCUAUGGGCCCGAGCGCAUGCUCAACGAGCUGCUGGAGCUCAAGUCUGACUUCUGUGCACUUACCAACAAGGUCAAUGAGUUGGCCGCCGAGCUGAUGAAGCAGGACGCGAAGCGUCUGAUGGAAAUGAUGCAGGAAAUGCAAAUGACUAUACGCGAGAUGAAGCUGGCCACAGCCGGAAAUCUGGAGGCAAAUCAAGGCAUGUUAACUAAGAUAAAUACAGCCACAACACAGAUACAGACGCUUAAGAAUUCGGUGGCGCAUCUGGACGAGAUUAAGAUUGACAAGGCGGAUGUGGAGCUGCUGCUGGCUGAAAAGGUUGACUUUCCACAGCUGGCCACAAAGGUGUCGCUGGAGCAGCUCGAGGAGUACAAGGAGCGCCUGGAGAAACAAUUCUGCGAGGUGCGCUACAUCAUCAAUGUCAACGAGAAGAACGUUCUCCAGAUCAUUGACGGUCUGCGCAUGACCCUGGGCAUUGAUUCGCUCGAGCUGAGCCUCAAGGAUUUCCGUGAGAUGAUCGAGAAGCGUGUCGCCCUCAUUGCCGAGGCCCUGCACAAGUACAUGGAGAUGACCAACGAUGAUUGCGCCGCUGCUGCCGGACGCGUCAAGGUCAUGCAGGAUCUGGCCUGCCUCUCCUGCGACACGCCCUGCGUAAUGCGUACCAUGGAACGCUCCAAGCUGCCGCGACCAUCCUCUGCUAAGGCCUCCAACAGCAUCGGUCCAAUGGUCACCUAUGAGCUGGGCCAGAUCCGCAAAUCGGGCAUCAUGGGCUACUACCGCAAGGACGAGUUUCCCCAUUCGACCAAUGCCUGGACCCAGGGCCUAGGCGGUACAGUGCCUGUCAAUAAAUGUGUGCCACGUCACGCCGGCGGCCUGCACACCAUCCACACCGCCGAUGAGCACAUGCAGAAGGUGGUAUUGUCCAAGAAGAAUACGGGUUGGGCUUAGACAGGAUGUUCCUGCUUGCAUUUCUCUAUGUUAAAUGAUUUCACAAUAAUACAAAACAGAAAACGUAAAAAAAAA